AUGUCACUUGUUUCAUUGGAGGUGGAAUCACACACUGCAACUUAUUCUGGAUCACCAGGAUCCCUUAGAGAAAUCUUGGAGACUCAUGAAAGCACUAUUGCUGUGAUCCCAACACUGGAUACAAGAGCUCAAGCUACGUUCAACUAUGUUAAAGCCGUGAUCGAAGCCUCAGGGUUGAGCACUAUUGACUUUUCAGAGAGAUGCCAUUUGGGAGAUGAAUUGCUUGCCCGAUCCUUGUUUGAUGAAGUAGAAAUUUCAAGUUCUCCACAGAUAGAUGAUCCAAAGCUUCUCUUUGAUUGCUGCAUCAAUGAAGCCUCUGAAGAGAUCUUCAAAUGCCCCCCUUGGGUGUCUUUGAACACAUCCAAUGUUCAGCAGGCUCCGGUAGCACAAUGCUUAAUUCGAGAAGUCAGUAGGGGAAUCGAAAGGCAAAUUCCCAUGCACUUGCCAAACUCAUUAGAUCAGAUAGUAACAAAGGACUUGGGGAGUGGAAGCUGGUUGGACCUUCAGUUCGAAAUUGAGAACAUCGUCGACAAGAUACGGGACACUCUCCCUCCUUGAUGAUUCAGUGGACGAAACUAUAUUCGACAUGUCGCUUGAUCUCUGAGCUGGAUGGUGAUGCUCCUUGUCUUGCUCAUGGUUUGAUAUGUAUGUUCAUCUCUAUGGAUACUUGUAGAAGUCCAUUUCUACGGACAUGAAAAGGAAGAAUGCACAUGCCUUCUACCUAAUUGUUAAUGCUCUGCUGAGAAUUGGUGGAA